AUUUGAUGAAAGAAGUAGAAAAUAUGUCAACAGUGAUGUAUUCUGUGGAUCACUAUGACGAUGACCUUGAGAACCAGAAGCUUAUGCUUGAGUUGUCUUGGCUGGCAAGGAAGGAUCAGAUACGACAAGAGUUUGUCUCCUUUCACGCCAUGUUGAUUGACCGAGAAGAGGAACUUAUCAGUAAAAUGGAACACGAUGUGCAGACAGCCUUAGCAGGAAUGUCAGAUCUGAUGGAAAGGAAACAUAAAUUAGAACGGACUGAAUGUCAGAUAUCUGAUGAAUGUUUGAAUCUGGUCCAGGAAGAGACAUUGCCAAAGCUACAUGUAGAUGAUUUCUUCCAGAAACAGGAAAUGCUCAUUGAUAAGUAAGUGUGCUUCUUUUGUUGGUAUU